AUGAAGUUCUCACAUUCGCUCAAGUUCAAUGUGGUGCCUGAAUGGCAGGACCACUACUUGAACUAUCCGGCCUUGAAGAAGGUCAUUUACACUGCCCAGCAAAAUCAGCUCGAACACCUGGAUGGUCAAGAUGCUGCUGCUCCCAAUCAGGCUUCUAUCUCCGAUUUAAUUAGAAUCGCCAGAAGGAACCAGGCUCUCAAGGAAAGAAGAGAGGCUGCCAUCGCUGCUGCCAAUGAGGCUGCAAGAGAUGACGAUGAUGAAUCGGUGGAGAAAUUUUAUCCUAGUAAAUUGGUCAACAAACUUAAGUUCAAGAAGAGUGCCAAGUCUCCUACGCCUGAGAUUGGUGCCACAGACGCAGGUACGAGUGUCGAUGGUGUUCUCAAAUCCACUGACUCAGAGAAAAACCAAAAAACUGAAGAUAUCAAUGAGUAUCUGUUGGAGUCUGACGAGUCCACCUACUGUGGUUCACUUGACUUGACAGCUAUGACCGCUGCGGCUGAAUCUAUCUCGCAUGAAGGUGCAGCAGAUCCCUUGCCCGUCUUCUCUAAGCACUUGGUAGACGAGUUGACCAAAAUCGAUAAAUUCUUCAAGGCUAAAGAAUACGAGGUAUACAAGCAGUACGACAACCUCAUCAAGGAUUUGGAGGCUAACAAGCUGCAUGUGGACCACUAUUUGUUUACUAACGCCUACUACGCAGACAAUGUGAACAUUGAGCAUCGUCAACUGCAUAUCAAGUCCACCUUGGAAAGAACAACCACUAAUGCCUCUGUGUUCGACACUGUCAACCAUCUCGAUGGAGACCUCGAAAAAGGUGCAGUUGCGAUAGAUGAGGAAGAGGACGAUGAUGAUGAAGACGAAGACGAUCACCAUUCCUCUACCAACUCGGCAUUGUUAACUAAGGAAGAUUUUGACAUCAAGCAGCAGAAGCAAAUUACCUUGAAGCAGAGAUCUAUCCAUUUGUUCAUUACUUUAAGUGAGUUGAAGUCUUUUAUUGAGUUGAACAGAAUUGGUUUCACCAAGAUCUGUAAGAAAUUCGACAAGACAUGUAACUACGCCAUCAAGAGUGACUUUAUUGACAACUUCUUACCUAAGAACUCCAGAACUUUCUUUCCUCAAACUUCUGAAAAGCUUGAGUACUCCAUUGACCACAUGGUGAGUAUUUAUGCUUUCCUCUCAGGAAGGCCACAUGCCACCAGCGUGGAAUUGAACUCCAUCCGUGACGAGUUGAGAUCGUACUUGAGAGACCAUAUUGUGUGGGAAAGAAACACCGUUUGGAAGGACUUGUUAUCUUUGGAGAAGCGCCAGUACAAUUUGCACCUUGAUGAUGAUGUUGUCAGAUCCAGUAAAAUGGGUGAAGAGGCUCAUAUUAACUCGUUGAUCCACUUGCUGAUGAAGAAGGUUCACUAUCCAUUUGGAAUGACCGUUUUCGGUCGUGACUAUAUGAAGCUUCCAAACUUCUUGUUCACCUCUCAGGUGAUCAAGUUGAUGAUCAUCAUUGUCGUUUUCAUUGUGUUAUUGACUGUCAAGACCAUGAAUGACAAACAGGAGGCCCGUUGUUUGGCUGUGUUGGCUGUGUCUGCUAUGUUGUGGGCUACUGAGGCAUUGCCUUUGUGGGUCACCUCCAUGAUGGUACCUAUGUUGGUCGUCACAUGUAAGGUGUUGAAGAACACUGCCGGGGACGGUCCUAUGGAGGCCUCUAGUGCUGCUUCUUAUAUUUUAUCGCAGAUGUGGUCUUCUACUCUUAUGAUUUUGUUGGGUGGUUUCACCUUGGCUGCUGCCUUGUCUAAGUACAACGUCGCCAAGGUUGUUUCUUCGUACAUGUUGGCUGCUGCAGGUACUAAGCCACGUAAUGUGUUAUUUGCCAUUAUGUCGGUCGCCUUGUUCUUGUCCAUGUGGAUUUCGAACGUGGCUGCACCAGUGUUGGCCUAUUCAUUGAUCCAACCUGUUUUGCGUACUUUGCCAACCGAAUCUCCAUUUGCUCAGGCUUUGGUUCUUGGUAUUGCUUUGGCCUCCAACAUUGGUGGUAUGGCCUCUCCAAUCGCUUCUCCUCAAAACGUCAUUGCUAUUCAGUACAUGAACCCUAACCCAGGUUGGGGUAAGUGGUUUGCUGUGGCCAUUCCUGUGGCCAUCGCCUGUUUGAUUGGUAUCUGGAUGGAGUUGAUUCUUACUUUCAAAAUCUCUUCUGCUAAGAUCAAGGCUUACAAGCCAAUUAAGGACAAGCUCACUUCCAAGCAGAUUUUCGUUUCAGCUGUCUGUAUUGGAACCAUCAUCUUGUGGUGUGUUGAGAGUCAAAUCGAGAGUACCUUCGGAUCUGCUGGUAUCAUUGCUGUCGUUCCUAUUGUCUUGUUCUUCGGUACCGGACUUUUGAAGAUUGACGAUGUUAACAACUUCCCAUGGACUAUCAUCUUGUUGGCCAUGGGAGGUCUUGCAUUGGGUAAGGCUGUUACCAGUUCUGGCUUGUUGGCUACUAUUGCCAAGGCAUUGCAAGCCAAGGUCAUGGACUUUGAUGCAUUCGUCAUUUUGCUCAUUUUCGGUCUCUUGAUCUUGGUGGUUGCUACUUUUGUCUCCCACACGGUUGCCACCAUUAUCAUUGUUCCUUUGGUCAAGGAGGUUGGUGACGCCAUGGGCCACCCACACCCAUUGAUGUUGGUCAUGGGAACUGCAUUGCUUGCAUCUUCUGCCAUGGGAUUGCCUACUUCUGGUUUCCCCAACGUUACUGCCAUCAGUAUGACCGACGAGGUCGGCAAGAGAUACUUGACGGUUAACACAUUCAUUACAAGAGGUGUUCCAGCAUCCAUUAUUGCAUACAUCUUUGUUGUCACUCUUGGCUACGGUAUUAUGAGUGCACUUAGCUACUGA